AUGGACAGCUACAAGAGCAUUCCUCUAGCUCCACAACCUCCAGAAAUUGUCCAAACUCCUAACCAAGCACAAGUGGCCACGCCCACAGUUGGAGAUUGUGAUGUUCCUCAUUAUGAUGGGUUUAGUUAUGGAAUCCAUCCUCCACCCAUUGAAGCCCACGCCUAUGAGAUCAAGCCAAGUUUGAUAAGGUUGAUUCAAAGCUCUAAGUUCUUGGGAAAUGGAUUGGAGAAUCCUUAUGAUCACUUGGACUACUUUGAGAGGUUGAGAGGAUACACUAGGGAUUGUCCACAUCAUGGGUUUACAAGAGAAGCUAUACUUAGCCAUUUCUAUUGGGGAGUUGCAAAGGAGCAGAAAUGGACAUUGGAUGUAGCUAGCAAAGGAAGUUUUCUAAACCUCACCAUAGAGCAAGGAGAGCUACUUGUUGACAACUUGUCCAGGAGUGAGGAAAGCUACAAUGAAAGCCAUGAUCCAAUCCCCAAAGAGAGUUUGUAUGAAGACUUCAAGUGGACAGCUUUGCAAGAUAAGUUGGAUAGAUUGGAAAAGCUCCUAAGUGUGCAAGAAAGAGGACUUUGUUUGGAUCUUGAGCAGAACCAAGAGGAAGCCAAUUUCGUGGUCCAGAAUGGGAACUCCAACCAAAAGAGUAUGUCUCUCAAUCAUUGGUCCAACCAUGGAGUUCAAGGAAUUCAACAAAGCUACCAAGAGAACCAUGAGCCUUCUCAGAUCUCUAAUAAUGCCUCUGUUGAGGUUAAUGAAGAAAUGACACCACUUGGUUAUAAUGGAAAACUUGGUGAACCCCAGCAUGAAGAAGAGGCUAAGGACGUGGGCACAGCUCAAGACUAUGGUUUGGAAUCCAAUCAAUGGGCUCAUGAAGAAGAGAGUGAUCUUGAGGAGGUUCAAGAGGAUGCAUUUUCUCUCAAUGAAAAAUGUGUAAGCUAUUUCUUCUUUCCCUCAUUGGAGAUUAAGGAGAAUAGUUUUGCUGAACGUGAUGAGGGUGUAGUGGUGAAGAAAACUAAUCAGAAAAAGCUUCAUGAGUGUGUCAAAGGCGUCCUAGAUGGAGAGUGUCUACAAAGCUUGUUUGGUGAGCACAUGGAAAGUGCUCAAGAGAAGGACGUGGGUAGAGCCACAAGGGCUAAUCUGGAAACCACAAGGAAGAUGAAAGAACCCCAACCUCUCUCCAUUGAUCCAUCUCCCAACAAACUAAGCUUGAUCCCUCUAAGGUUUAAGGAUGGGAAGAUUGAGUACAAGAUCAAGUGCAAGGGAAAGUCUAAACCCUUUUCCAGUAUCAAUGCCUUGGUCAGUCUGAGCUUCAAAAAGAUCAAACCAAGCUCAAGGAGCUCCUAUCUUCAGUCCUUACUGUCACCUUUGAUGGCGGGACCGCUCUCAUUCAUGCCUAAAAGGUCAUUUGGAGCUAAUUGGAACAUUGCCUAUCACUGGAGACUAGUUGAGGAAGGAAAGACUCUGUCUGCCCCAUGUACGGACGAGCACUCGGUCGAGCUAGUGAUAUGCGUCCGAAGUAUCGUAUCAAAUGAAGGUUUACACUCCGAUUCAGCCUCUGACUUCUUCUUGGAAGUUGUGGAUAAUUGA